AUGGAAGAGGCUGACUUCGCCGAGAAAGAUCCCACUGGUCGCUACAUUAGGUACGAUGACGUUCUGGGGAGAGGAGCCUUCAAAACUGUAUACAAGGCAUUUGAUGAAGUCGAAGGGAUUGAAGUUGCUUGGAAUCGUAUGAGCAUCCAAGACGUAAUGCAGAUGCCUGGCCAACUUGAAAGGCUCUACUCUGAAGUCCAUCUCCUUAAAUCUCUGAAACAUGAAAACAUCAUCAAGCUCUUCUACUCUUGGGUUGAUGAUAAGAACAAGACCAUCAACAUGAUCACUGAGCUUUUCACCUCCGGUAGUCUGAGGGUAUAUCGUAAGAAGCAUCGGAAAGUUGAUCCCAAGGCCAUCAAGAACUGGGCUAGGCAGAUCCUUAAAGGCUUGCACUAUCUGCAUUCUCAGAGCCCUCCUGUAAUUCACCGGGACCUCAAGUGCGACAAUAUAUUUGUCAAUGGAAAUACUGGAGAGGUCAAAAUCGGAGAUCUUGGGCUCGCAGUUGUUAUGCAGCAACCCACUGCUCGAACCGUGAUAGGUACUCCUGAAUUCAUGGCGCCUGAGCUUUAUGACGAAGAGUACAAUGAACUUGUGGACAUCUAUGCUUUUGGCAUGUGCAUGUUGGAGAUGUUAACGUGUGAAUAUCCUUAUAGCGAAUGCGGAAACCAGGCUCAAAUAUUCAAGAAGGUUACCUCCGGUAUAAAACCUCAAUUUCUCAGCAAAGUGGAUGAUCCUCAAGUUAAGCAAUUCAUAGACAAGUGUCUCCUCCCUGCUCCUUGUAGACCAACUGCUCUCGAGCUCCUGAAGGACCCGUUCCUUGCACUAGAUGGUGCCAAGGACUCCACUCUUGUUGUUCCAUCAAACGCAACAACGCUUAAACCUGCAGCAAAGCCACUACAGUCGGAGCAUCUUCCUAUGGAUGUGGAUCAUAAGGAGAAUCCAAGUGGUUCCAUCUGCUUCUCUGGUAAAAGCAGCCAAGAAUACCCAUGGCUCCAGACCAUUGAAGUCCAUAGGUUUGCUGAUGAUACCGUAUUCAGGUUGUGUGGAGAGAGGAAAGAUGAUGCGACAGCGUCAAUGGCUCUGCGUAUCGCUGGCUCUUCUGGUCAAGUAAGAACAAUCGAUUUUGACUUCUAUCUGGAGUCGGACACAGCAGCAGCGAUUACAGAGGAGAUGGUUGAGGUGCUUGAGUUGUCAAGCCAAGAGGUUAUUGUGAUCGCUGAGAUGGUAGAUGACCUUAUAAUGAAGCUGAACCCAAGCCUGGCUCAUCCAUAUCAGUCAAAGAAUGAAGAAGCUGGAGAAACAAUGAAGUCAGACAUAUCAGCAGACUACUACUAUCCGGUCUCCUCAAACGAGGGUGGUUCAGGGCUUGAAGAGUCCUUGAUGACCUCGUUUCUGGAUUCGUGCUCAAUGAUGUCAAACCAACAACACUCAGAGGAUCUGAAGACGGAGCUGAAUUUGAUCGAGUCGCAAUAUAACCACUCGUUUCAACGGCUCAUGAGGCUGAGGGAGGAGGCUAUAGAGAACGCAAAAAGGAAAUGGAUGAGUUUGGCAAGUGCGCACAAGCAGCUUUGA